AACGUCGGCCUCGUCAUCACAUAAAAGUCAUAAACACGCCUAUCCGUUACUCCUUUUUUCCCCCUUUUUUAAAAUACCACAUCAAUUUCCAAUUUCCAAUUACUACUAAAAACCAACCAACCCUCUGGCCCAUUUUCCACCACCUCAUAUCCAAAAGAACCACAUAGAAAACCGCUUGCCCUGUUGUAUCUAGUAGUAUCUACAAUCAGUUGUGUGUGUAUAGAGAGAGAGAGAGAGAGAGAGAGAGAGGCCUGCCAAUCUGCCAUGACGUUGGUUUUGUAGCAGAUCUUGAAAACCCUACCUAGUCUUAUCGGUCCAAGUAACCCGCACAUUCUCUUCGAGAAAUUGAUUCAGCUAUUUCAAGAACUCGCUCGAGGCCCUUCGUUUGAUUACAUUUCGUUUCGAAUAGGCAGAACAAUGUGCCGUUCUUGAAUCCACUGUGCGUGAAUCUUUUGUAAUUGGUGUCGUUUGCUCUGUUUUUCUCUAAGCGAGUUGUCAGAUUCCAGGGAUUUGAGUGCGUAUUAGAUAAGCUUUUGUUCGUCAAUGGCGGUUUAGUUGCUCUUUUUCCAAGGCCGAAGCGAAAUGGAUGAUCGAGGCGGUGGCUCAUUUGUAGCUGUUAGGAGGAUUUCGCAAGGCCUCGACCGAGGCAACCCCUGCCAUUCUGCUUCUGCUGAGGUUGUAGCAGGAUCAGCGGCAUGGCUUGGUAGAGGUCUUUCUUGUGUUUGUGCCCAAAGGAGAGAGAGUGAUGCCCGCCCUUCAUUUGAUUUGACUCCUGCCCAGGAGGAAUGUUUACAAAGGCUACAGAAUCGUAUAGAUGUCGCCUAUGAUAGUUCAGUUCCAGAACACCAGGAAGCUUUGAAGGCUUUGUGGAAUGCUUCUUUUCCUGAAGAAAAACUUCGGGGUUUCAUAUCUGAACAGUGGAAGGAAAUGGGCUGGCAAGGAAAAGAUCCAUCUACUGACUUUAGGGGUGGUGGUCUUAUAUCACUGGAGAACUUGCUGUACUUUGCUAGGAACUUUCAAAAAUCCUUUCAAGAUCUUCUCCGCAAGCAGGUAGGUGACAGGGCCAUGUGGGAAUAUCCAUUUGCUGUUGCUGGUGUGAACAUCACAUUCAUGCUUAUUCAGAUGCUCGAUCUUGAAGCAGUAAAGCCACGAACUAUGGUGGGAGCAACCUUCUUGAAGUUUCUUUCAGAAAACGAAUCCGCAUUCGACCUUCUCUACUGCAUCACAUUCAAGCUGAUGGAUCAUCAAUGGCUUGCCAUGCAUGCAUCAUACAUGGACUUCAAUACGGUCAUGAAAGCGACACGUCGUCAGCUAGAAAGGGAGCUUCUGCAGGAAGACAUAACACGGCUUGAAGACUUACCCUCCUAUGCCCUUCUUAGACGGUAGCCUAGUACUAGUAUUCGUAAGAUUUUGAGGGCUCUUGUAAGCAAGAAUCCAGCCAUCAUCUGAUAAAUUCUUUUCCUGUGUGGGUCUUUUUACACUUCUGAUUUGAUUUUGGUGUUGAGUUUGUGUGAUCAAUCGGGUUCAGAUUUGGUUAAUGGCAAGUACAAGAUGAAGACCUUUCCAUUGUUUCUGAA